AUCAGCGCUCGGCUUUUACAGCGCUGUCUGUGUGUGUAAGGGGAGUAUGGCUGCUGUUUGGGUGCAAAAUUAGUUCUUUUCUAAAGUCUCUGAACUCACCAAUGGCGCUGCAGCAGAAAACUAAAGUGGUUCUUCUGGCAUGUGGGUCUUUUAACCCCGUCACUAACAUGCACCUGCGUAUGUUUGAGCUGGCCCGAGAUCAUCUGGAGGACACCGGAAAAUACCGGGUGGUGAGAGGCAUCAUCUCUCCUGUAGGAGACGCCUAUAAGAAAAAGGGCCUGAUUGAAGCCUGCCAUCGAGUGGAGAUGGCCAAGCAAGCUACAGAAAACUCCAGCUGGAUCACUGUGGACGACUGGGAGAGUCAGCAGGCUGAGUGGGUGGAGACUGCUAAAGUUGUCAGGCACCAUCAUUCUGAGCUGCUGUCUGCAGAGCAGAACGUAGACGAGGCGGACACUGUGAAGACUGUGAAGAGAAGGAGGGUAGAGGAAAAUGAAGACGCAUGUUCGUCUGCAGAUCACAACAGACCAGGAGCUCCUGAGCUGAAGCUGCUCUGUGGAGCUGACGUGCUGGAGUCCUUUAGCGUGCCCAACCUGUGGAAGCCGGAGGACAUUGAGGAGAUUGUGGGCCGUUAUGGGCUGGUGUGCGUCACCAGGGGAGGCUGUGAUGCUGAGAAGUUUGUCAACCAAUCAGACGUGCUGUUUCAGCACCGCAAGAACAUCCACAUCGUCCGAGAGUGGGUGACCAACGACAUCUCAGCAACUCACGUGAGACGCUCGCUGCGCAGGGGCCGGAGCGUGCGCUACCUCCUGCCUGACCGCGUGCUGGACUACAUCCAGGAUCGCUGCCUGUACAGUGCAGAGAGCGAGAAGAAAUAUACUGAUGUCAUCCUCGCUCCGUUCCAGAGGUACACCAAAAACACAGAAUGAGCCUCGGCUCUAAUGCUGCGGGACUGAAACAUUUUAUACUGCCUGCGUGCGUGAGAAGGGGCUAUCGAAUAUUAAAACACUGCGACGCUGUGCCUUAUCUAAAGCAGUGAUUCUAAAACAUGUUUUGUGGAGUUCCACAGUUCUCUAUUUUAGGGCCUAUGAUGUUAGGAAUUGUAGUACUGUAUUUAUGAUGCAGGGUCUAUUGGGAUAAACACUGAACAAAAACAUUGUUUAUGAGCUAUGAACAGGUGAAGCAUUUAUACUUUUUGAUUUUUUAAGUAAAUUCUGAGGUCCACCUUGAGAAGCUUAGAGUACCACAGGGGGUACAUAUACUACAAUCUGAGAACCUCUAAUCUAGAGGUUUAUUUACCAAAGCAUUAAUAUUUCCUUUUUUAGCUUAAAUUUGUACGUUAAUUUAUUUUAUCAUUCAAAACACUGCCACAUGUACCGCUUCUUCAGGAAAUCAUAAUCAAAAUAGGUCAAGAAAUCAAUUAUAUAUUUUUUUCCAGGUGUUUUUUUAACAGAACAAAUAGAAGACACUGAAAUAAAUCUAACAGCUAGUUUAGUAAAAGUUAGUUAAAGUACUGUUAAAUCAAAAUAUUUUAUGCUGACCCUGGAACUGAACAUCAAAUUAAACCUGGAAAUAUAUGCAUCACCAUAACUAGUGCAUACAUGCAUGCUAGCUGUGUACAAAUGGCAAACAAUACUGCUUAAAUAAUGUCAGCAAUGUUUGCCAUUGGCUUCUUAUAUUUGCUGUAUUAAAAAUGCAUAAAGAGACAUUUAUAUGAAAUGGGAUGGUUUGGUAUAUUGUUGCUUAAUUAAGUUAAAUCAGAUGAACAGUUUUUUUUUUGUUACUUUUUGCCACUUUGUACUGUAUUUCUGUUUACCUGCCUCAAAUCUAAAGUGAUCUGGAUCUUCGAUAAAAUAAUGUUGCUGUUGGACAAAAUAAAAUGAAUUUUUUACAUUUGCCAUAAUGUGAAUCUGGUAAUAGUUACAUUCUGUUACAAUUCUGACCAAUAGAAAUACCAAAAUUACAUGGAAUUAAAUAUUUUGCAUUGCGUUUGACUUAAAUGAUUUCCUAUAAAGCUGCCUUUUGGGAUAAUGAAUGUUUUUUGUUAUAAUAUGAACAGAUUUGGCUGAUUAGAUUUGGGGUAGUUUCUGCAGACUAGGUAUAAGAAACUUCUAUUGUAGUAUAUUUUUAGGGGAAAUUUUGAUAUUCAUGGAUUUGCUGCAAAACAGAGCAUUGUGUUAAGAGAAAUGUGAAUGAGAAUGGUACAAAUGUUUAUCUUCUUUUCACUAGGAUAAAGAUUUGUAUAAAAAAAUAUAUAUAACACCCUGAUGCAAGUAAAGGUUUGAGGAGCUGUAACAGUCACAAAAAGCACCAGCAGUGCAACAUUAAAAUAAUAAAUAAAUAAAAUACUAAAUACUUAAAUAAAAUCAACUGACUGUAGAGCAGUACAGCGUGUGAAUUUAGUUUAACAGGUUUGCAGUGAUUUGUGCGGUUUGAAGAUAGAAGAGCUCCACAGUAUGCUCAGAGACCUAUCAGUGGUGUAGUUUACCAUGAUAACAUACAAUAUUGCUGUAUGAAAAGUACUUUGCUAGAUGCUAGAUAAACAUUCCAUAUAUUUUUUUAAUUGUGGCACUUAAACAUAUAUGUUUUUGCUAUGUCUGUUAUUUAUGUAGAGACUGCAGUAUAGAAUUUACAAUAUGGAUAUUUUUAAGGGUUUUUAAUAGAUCUGCUAUUGGAGAACCUUUGAAAAAGAAAAGAGUGUAAAGAGCAAACUUGAUUUUGGUUUGCUAUCUUUGUAAUACUAACAAUAAAACAAGGAAUUUAAAGAAAA